AUGGAAGCUUCUGGUCUCUUCCUUCCACAGCUGCCUGCAGGGAGCCUGCAGCUCACUCUCUACCAGUAUAAAACAUGUCCUUUCUGCAGCAAAGUCCGAGCUUUUCUUGAUUAUCAUGGACUGCCCUAUGAAAUUGUGGAAGUGAACCCGAUAAUGAGGAAAGAGAUCAAAUUCUCUUCCUACAGGAAGGUGCCUAUCCUGCUAGCCAAUGCUGGAAGGCCUCUGCAAUUGAAUGACUCUUCAGUGAUCAUCAGUGCAAUAAAGACCUAUCUCAUUUCCAAGAGGAAUAGCUUAGAAGAGAUUGUGUCCUUUUAUCCUCCUAUGAAAACUGUAACUGAGCAAGGCAAGGAGGUAUUUGAGUAUGGGAAUAAAUACUGGCUCAUGCUGGAUGAGAAGGAGACAAAGCGAGUCUAUCCUGUCAAAGAAGUGAGAGUGGAAGAAAUGAAGUGGAGAAAAUGGGCAGAUGAUUGGCUUGUUCACCUCAUCUCCCCCAAUGUUUACCGUACCCCCAGAGAAGCCUUGGCGUCUUUUGAUUACAUUGUCCGUGAGGGGAAGUUUGGCACCAUGGAAGGUUUCUUUGCCAAGUACAUGGGGGCUGUUGCUAUGUUCUUCAUUAGCAAGAGGCUGAAGAAAAGACAUCACCUUCAAGAUAAUGUCCGAGAAGACUUGUAUGAAGCAGUUAAUGAGUGGGUAAAAGCUGUUGGCAAACAUCGACUGUUCAUGGGUGGAAACCAGCCGAACCUUGCUGACUUGGCAGUGUACGGGGUCCUCCGAGUCAUGGAAGGGCUGGAAGCCUUUGACGACAUGAUGGUUCACACCAAGAUUCAGCCUUGGUACCAGCGCAUGGAAGAAGUAAUUCAAAAAGCUGAAGCUGCAGUCUGAUGCCAGCUGCAGCUGCCUUCCUGAAGUACUUGCAUGGUAAAAAAACUUCAGAAGGAAUGGAAUUUAUUUUUAAAGAGAUGAAUGGACUGGUCACACCUCGUGGACUGACAUGCAGGCACAGAGACUGUCCUGUUUAGAAUACCAAGUUGUAGUGAGCAGAAGGGGUCCAGCUGGGUGAAUGUUUGAAUGUGGUAUUUAGAAGGAUGGGGACAGGUAAAAGGAUCUUGGAUGCUGCUGGAAAGGAGAAACUCUGAAUGGAAAAAUGCAG